CAGUCCGUCAUUUCCGGUGCUGACCGGAAGUAGUUAGCUGUUAGCGGAGAUAGCCGGGUGACUUGUGUUGAGGUUGAAGAACAAACACAAAGACAUGUCUGAUCAAACGAUAAACCUGAUAGUCAACUACGGUUCAGUAAAACACAACAUCAAACUAACGAGUCCAGAUGACGGCAACGGGCCGGCAGUGAAGGAUUUAUCAGAAGCUGUCUGUCAGGCCACCGGCGUUCCCCCCGCCUCUCAAAAACUCAUCUUCAAAGGGAAGUCUCUGAAAGAGAUGGACGAGAGGCUUUCCACCUACGGGAUCAAAGACGGCUGCAAACUCAUGAUGAUCGGGAAACGGAACAGUCCGGAGGAAGAAGCUGAGCUGAAGAAGCUGAAAGACAUUGAGAAGUCGGUGGAAGUGACCGCCAAGAAGCUGGAGAAGGUGGACGGGGAGUUGACGGGACUGAAGAACGGCUUCUUGGCCAAAGACCUCCAAGCUGAGGCUUUGAGCAAACUUGACCAGAGAGUUAAAGUUGCUGCUGAGCAGUUCAUGAAGAUUCUGGAGCAGAUAGACGCCAUAUCUGUCCCGGAGAAUUUUAACGACUUCAGAGUGAAGAAAAGGGGCCUCAUAAAAACCGUGCAGGACUUCCUGGCCCAGUGCGACAGGCUGGAGGCGGGUAUAUCAGACCACCUAUCAAAGACCCAGUCCAAGAACUUGGCUCUGGCAGACUGAAGCUGCUUCCCUUACUGUGUGCUAUCUGUUGCUCUGUGAGCAAAGUGUACCAACGGCUUCAGAUGUGGAGCAGAUUUUAUUUAUUUCUCGGUGUGAUGUGCUUCAUAACGAAAGGAGACUUUGCUGAGAUCAUGAGGGUCAGCCGUAGGUGAAGAUGCGUCUCAGACUCAGACAUGGACUGGAGCGUCGGUGGUGCUUUGAUGUUUACCGUAGAUCAAAUCCUCCGUCUGUCCUGUGGCGUUUUCCUCCCAUCGGCCUUCAGCUGUUCCUCUCGGUCGCCGCCAGCCUGAUCCACAGAAGUAAGUGAACCCUCUUUAGAUGUUUCCACCACGUCAACUUGAAGAGGUUUGUGAAUUUACAGAGUUGUAUUUUUGUUAUAAAAAAAGGAGAAAGUCAAAUUAGGCAAAUCACAUCAUCAUCAACUGACUUCUACUGUACAUGUUCAUCAAAAUCACGACGACUGCAGAAAAAUGAAUAAAUUUUAAGCCAAAAAGACAGA